CUUCACUUUCGUGCUCUCUAUCUUCAAGUUUGGGAACAGGUCGUUUGGGAAUGGAAAGGAACUAGCUAGUCUAGUCAACGCUUCUCUCCCUUUUUUUUUUUUACUGAAUUAAUUAGUCGCAGCAACGCGGUUUUCUUUGGAUACAAGGUUUCUGAUGUAACAACUGGGUUGGGGUGACAUUGUUCACUUUUGCCUUUGUUCAUUGAACUCCUCUUCUUCUUCUUCUUUCUUCUUCUUCUUCUUCUGCUUCAUGGGAGACAUACGGAGUCCUUAUGAUGAAGCUUCGCGUCUGCUAGAUAAAAUGGCUGGCAUUGUUGAGCAAGUUCGAAAGCUUAUCAAUGAGAAGGAUAAAGGUUUGUCCCUAGUCGCCCAAGCUCAAAAGUUGGCUUCUCAGCAUUGGAUCAAAGCUAUUGUUCCCGAGGGCGAUUCGAUGGAAGCUGCAGAUCGCCAAAUGACUUGGAAGAGUCUGGAUCACUCCACUAAUAAUCUUGACACUGACAUGGAAGAAGAAACUAUGCAUAAAUUCCCUUAUUGGAAGCUUCAUGAUGCCAUAGAUAAGCAUAAGCCUGAAGUAACCGUGCAACGCAUGUCAUCUUAUGCGAUUUCUGCAAGCAUAUUUCUUUGGAUUUUCUUGAUAUACAGCCAGAAGCUACUGGCAAAGUAUUUGGCCACAAAAGCAAGAGUCUCCAUUUUCAUAGCUGUUGACAUGCUUGGAUUGUUGAGUUUCAUGGUGCUUGCUUGGGCUCUGGGCGUAAAGAUUCUUGUUGGUGGAAAACUCUCUCGCAUGAACUGUGCUAUGUUCCUCCUUUGGGCCAUUCUUAAGCUUUUCAAAUCAGAUAACUCUAUUGAUGCGGUUUACCUUCCAAUACUCGGAAUAUUCUUCAUCGGGUGGCAUGCAAUGUCCUCACUGGACACCAAAUACCAACACUGUUGAACACGUGUCGAGUUCUCUUGAUCUGUGUUUGCAUAUGCCUCAGCAUUCGAACAUAUGUUAUCUAGGGUUUGAGGUGCCUCUCCUUUGGUAUACAUGUGUGGUAUGAGGCAUAUGCCGCAGCUCUUUUAGAUAUAUAUCAAAUAGAAAUAAAUUUCUCACUAGAGAAUGCUUUUCUUUUGUUUUAUUUGAAGAACAUGAGAGAAUGCUUGCUUGUACUUAUCGUGUUUGUAAUUUGAAGGUGUGUGAUAUAUAUUGUAUUGCUGUUGGAACAUACCAUUCAGCAGUAGGAUUCUACCCAACUUUGGGGCGUAAUUAUUCUAUGAAUGAAAUAUCGUAUGCUUAAUUAUUCAA